GCCCGCGCGCCACACCCCGGACCUGAUCGGACCGCCGCGCCCGAACCCCGAGCCGCUGCCACGCAAGAUGGCCCGAGGCAGCGCCCUCCUGCUCGCCUGGCUCCUGCUGGCAGCCGCCCUGUCUGACUCCUCGGGGCUCCCACCGCUGGCAAAGGAGAAGAGAGGCUGGACUCUGAACAGCGCUGGCUAUCUUCUGGGCCCACAUGCCAUCGACAACCACAGAUCGUUUCAUGAGAAGCAUGGCCUCGCGGGCAAGAGGGAGCUGCCCCUGGACACGGAGGACAACAAGCCAGGAAGCUUUGACCAGUCAGUACCAGACAACAGUAUCAUGCGCACCUUAACCGACUUCCUGACUUUCUUGCAUCUCAAAGAGACUGGGGCUCUCGACAGCCUGGCCAGCCUCCCCUCGGCCACAUCCUCAGAAGACCCAGAGCAACCCUGAGACCACGCUCACCCAGGCACCUCUGUCUGUGCACUGGGAUUUAGUCCCCCUGGGAUGAGGAGAAUCUCAUGCCUACUUCCACAAGCAAACCCUUUCUGUGCUCUGCUCUGAUGCUGUGUUGUGACCAUUUAAGAUGUUUUGAUUGAAGUAAUUAUGUUGACAAAAUAAAAAAUGUAGUAGCUA